UAAUAUGUUUAAUGAUUUAUAAUUGUCGAAAAAUAACGUCACAUCAUAAAUAUAUAUAUUUAUACAUAUCCACAAAAGUGAAACUGAGUAUUUGUCGGUGUUUGUUGCAUAUAAUUAAAAUAACAUAUACUUUAUUUACAUUCUAUGCCUGUUUUUACAAAUGACAUUGAUGACAUGUAUAAUAAAUUAUAUAUCUAUCGUAAAAAAUAUAAAAUGUCAAAUAUUUUGUUUCAAUCAAUAAUAUACAUGUAUAUGAAUCGAAAUAUCUUUAUUUAAAACAAAUGUUCACCAAAUGGGGAAUUGUUUGAUAGAAAUGAAGACACACACACACACAUAUAUAUAUCUUUGUAUAUAAACAUUUGUCUUUUAUAUAUACAAAUAAUAUUUGUAUAUAUAAUAUGGAUAUAAAUAAUACAUUAGAGAAGCGACACGAUUAGCGCCAACAUGUAGUGGGAGAAACCGCUAGUAGCGCCACUGUUGUGUAGUAGAAGGUAGGGAUCCUAGUAGAAGGUAGUGGGAGUACCGCGAAACAACAACUUGUGGUGGAACAUAAAAUGAAAUGUUUUGAACGAUUCGAAGUCAUUGGAUCAGCAAUACCAAUGUGGGAAUUCCUUUCAAGAAAAGAAAAGAUGAGCCGUUUGUAUAAAUUGUUUAGUCAGCAAGUGACACAAUUUUGUGCCGAUUCAUCGAGACCAGAUUGCAAUAAAAAUUUCUUAAUUACCGGUAUACGAAAUCUUGCUGAAAUAGACGACAAUAUUCUCGAUAAAUUGGAUCCGUAUCAACGUAGUGCUAGAGAAAUAAUUUGGCGAGCUUUAAUAGGAACAAAUAGAUUCUCGUCUAGGACAAGUCAAGAUAUCAAAGGAAAUUACUUUCCUACAAAUGAUCUUUUGAUAGGAAACGACGAUAGCGAAACAAAUACUAUAACAGAGGAAAGCGUGUCAACGAAUGAUUACAUUCAUGUUGGUCCAUAUUUAAUUGGACCAAUGGUAACUCGCGUUUUUCCGGAUGGUCGUCCAGUUCCAGAUAAUUACAAGAGAUUUCGACCAAGGGAUGAUGAUAUUGACGAAUUAAAAUAUACUGUGGUAUUACCGUCGAUAAGUGAUAUUGAGACCAAGUUUGAUAAAACCGCUUAUAGAAAUAAAGUUCUUAAUAAUGAUAGAAAAAAUAUCUCUCCAUCGAGAUUUAUAACACUUAGGCGAAUAUCAAUCGAAGAUCAUGACGGAGGUUAUCAUUGAAUGAGUAUUACCGAAUCCUUCAAGUAUUAACAUAUUUGA